CAAAAAACCUUCGUGAUGUUCCUUGCUAAAGCUUUGCUGAGUGGAGGAAGUGGUAGUGGUCGUGGAGGGAGCCUUGCACGUGGCCUUGGAGGUCUCCUAACAGGAGGUGGACGUGGAGGGAAUCUCGGAGGACUUGUUGGAGGUCUUGUCGAUCUUAUAAGUGAAGCAGCAGCUCAGUAUAAUCCAGAGCCACCUCCACCUCCUCGCAAUCAUUUUACGAAUGUGGAAGCUUAUGAGAGCGAGGAGAUCAGACAGUUUCGUCGUCUUUUUGUCCAGCUGGCUGGAGAUGAUAUGGAAGUGUGUGCCACAGAGCUAAGGGACAUCCUGAACAAAGUCGUUUCCAGACAUCAAGACUUGAAGACAGAUGGCUUCAGCUUAGACACAUGCCGUAGCAUGGUAGCCGUCAUGGACAGUGAUACAAAUGGCAAACUGGGCUUUGAAGAGUUUAAGUAUCUGUGGAACAACAUCAAGAAAUGGCAAUAUGUAUACAAGCAGUAUGAUACUGAUCAGUCAGGCACUGUUGGGAGAGCUCAGCUGCCAGACGCCUUGAAGGCUGCAGGGUUCCACCUGAACCAACAACUCUGCCAGGUAAUCGUGCGCAGAUAUGCCGACGAGGACGGUAGCAUGGAUUUCAACAACUUCAUUAGCUGCUUGGUACGACUGGACAGCAUGUUCCGGGCCUUCAAGUCCCUGGACCGAGAUGGAGAUGGACAGAUCAAAAUGACCAUUGAAGACUGGCUGCAGCUGACCAUGUAUUCGUGAAGGCAUAGCAGAGAAGAGUAAGCUUUGUCUGGAAGAUAUACAUGGAAGAUGACAAUCCUGUGCUAUAGAACUGUAGUCUUUUCCUUGUUCUAAGGCAGAUGUAGCUAGUGGUAGAUAGCUCAGCUUAAAGCGUUGUGAUUCCUCUUGUGCAUGCAUUAGUCUGCUUUUCUGAAGGGUUUGUGCAAGUUGUCAGUUGGACAGCUGCAUAAGUCUGUCUCAGAAAACUAUCUCUAGACUCUGAAGUGAGGGAAUAUGUUGAAGGAUCAAAACUUAGUUAUUUCUUCAUGUAAAGUGGCUUGUA